AUGUCCAACGAAGAGUGGGAGGAAGUCUCUCAAGACAUCCCCUCACUCUCCGACCCUUUCCUUCAGCAAUAUCUCACAGGCCGAGCAAACCUCGUGAGCCAAGAGAAGAAGUCUCGCGCUGAUGCCUCUUUCAGAGCUUCUCUCUCGCCUAUUGCGAAGCGCGCAAGUGACAUUGUCGACCGCAUUCGCGACCAGGAAAACGACUCCACCUGGACCCCUCAAGUGGAGGAGGACCUCGCACAGGCCGGAAACGAGUGUAUCUUUCCCGGAAUGAUGUUCAUGCUCGCCAAAGAUCGUAUGGAGAAGACAAACCUCUGGAAUAUCGUCCGCCGCAUGCCAAAGGGUGCUUUACUCCAUGCUCAUAUGGAUGCUAUGGUCAACUUUGACUUUCUCUUUGACGAGCUCCUCAAGUUGCCCGGCAUGCACAUGUGCAGUAACCAACCACUCAACUCCGAGGAAGCCCUUGAAGAUGCAGUUCCCGAUUUCCGAUACAGGGCCAAGGCCGACAGUGAUGGAUCCAUUUGGGAUGAGAGCUACAAGCCAGAUACUUUCGUGCCAUUGCCAAAGGCGGCCGAUAACUUUCCCAAUGGUGGAAGAACUGGGUUCCUCAAGUGGCUCAAGGCCCGUUGCACUCUCUCCGUCACAGACAGUCACGAGCAACACCACGGAGUUGAUGCCAUCUGGGUCAAGUUUGGAAAGUGUUUCCUCGUGUGUGCCUCCAUCAUCCACUACGAGCCAAUGUUCCGACUCUUUCUCCGCGAGCUCAUGAAGAAUCUCAAAGAUGAUGGUGUCAACUGGGCCGAACUUCGAUUCACUUGGCCACUUAACUAUUGCCGUGAUCAGCAAGAAGAGCCCGAGAAGGACUACAUACACAUGUUCGAGGUCCUGCAGGACGAGAUCGACAAGUUCAAGAAGUCGCCCGAAGGAGAGGGCUUCUGGGGACUCACCACCAUCUGGACCUGUCUACGAAGCUGGCCUACUCGCCUGAUUAUUGAGAACAUGGACUGCUGCAUCGCCACCAAGUUGGCUUUCCCUGAUCUUAUCGCCGGUUACGACCUUGUCGGUCCUGAGGAUCUCGGCCGACCCCUGUCUGACCUUCUUCCUGAGCUGUUCUGGUUCCGCAAGCAGUGCGCUACUGAAGGCGUCAAUCUCCCCUUCUUUUUCCAUGCUGGAGAGACACUUGGUGAUGGUACAGACACCGAUGGUAACAUGUUUGACGCAAUCCUGCUUGGCACUCGACGUAUCGGUCAUGGCUUCAGUCUCUACAAGCACCCCCUUCUUAUCGACAUGGUCAAAGAAAAGCGCAUCCUCAUCGAGUCAUGCCCCAUCUCCAACGAAGUCCUCCGGCUCUGCGGCUCCGUAACCGCCCACCCUCUACCAGCCCUCUUGGCGCGUGGUGUUGCAUGCAGUCUGUGUAACGAUGAUCCCGCUAUGCUCGGGCAAGACACAGCUGGCAUGUCGCACGACUUCUUCCAAGCCGUCCAGGGAUGGAAGAACCUUGGCCUAGCUGGUCUCGGCAGUCUCGCGGAGAACAGUGUCAGAUGGUCUGCUUUUGAGGACCAGAACCAGACCGACUGGAUCAACGGCAUCAAGCAAGCCAGUCUUGGCAACACUAUCAAGGCCAAGAGGAUGAAGGCGUGGCAGGUUGAGUGGGAGAAGUUCUGUCUCUGGAUCGUCGAGGAGUAUGGAGACGAGUUUGGAGACGAGGAAAAGGAAACCAAGAUGGAUGCUUAG